AAUUAAGUAUGUGAAGUAUACGACUGGGAAGAGAAGGAAUCACUUACGUACCUUUGGCUAUGCGAUUGGCAAAUCUACCAACUGUACAUCCAAAAUAAAUAUCAUUUGAUCCAAGAUAUCCGUCAAGAUCAUUAAAACCUACAACUAUAUCAUCAAUUUUACCAUUUUUAUCUGGUAAACAAAUAGAAGUGAUGUGUCCUCCAUAAUUAAUCAAUCGUAUUGUCGUUCCUGUACUAUUUUUCCAUGUAAACUGUUUUAUUUUUCUGCUUCCAUACUGUCCAUAAUCAUCAACUGAAAGUACCACUUCUGAGGAUUUUGCACAUUUACACUUAUCAGACAUUUUGCGUUUUCUGUUAUAGCAUGAACCAAUGAAUUAUUUAUAUAUCUAUAUAAAAAUAUUUUGAUAACGCUUUUAUCUCGGGUUAAUUUUAUUAUUUGCAAAUUGGGUAAUCUAUUAUACUUGGCAAUGAACUAUGAAAUGUAAUUCAGACUUGAAAAUGGUUCAUUUCAAACCAAGGUCAAAUGAAGUUUAAAUAUUAGAAAUGUAUCAAGAGGUUGGUAUGUUAUUUGUGACACGGUAUGCGACUGUGUUAAAACUAGAGAUUAAGAUGUUAAUUUGAGUUUGGACUAUAAGUUAGGUUAGGUUGGACUUACUAUAGUGAGCUGACUAGAAUAUUUUUGAUUCAUUUUCAAAUAUUCAUUGAAAAAUGUUAGGCCUGAAAUUCUUGUAUGGUUGUCUAGAUCUAUUUCGUUGAUUUAUGUUUAUUUAGUUAGAAAAUUAAAAGAUAUCAGAUACAUGAAGUAAUACUCCAGGUCUGAAACAGUCUUUUUCUUUUUUAUUGCUCACUGGCCAUGGUCCGGUGGAUUACUAUAUGAAAAAUCGGAGAAACUCCCGACAGCUCUUUAGCAAAGGAACUAAGAGAAACCACAUUUCUUCUGUGAGUGCGACGCUGUGUAAAGACAAACGCUACAUUAAAGCUUCUUAAAGAGGUGAGUCGUAUAGUUCCCCAACAGACAUCUCGCUUUGCAAUGUCGUUGCUACCUGACAGGUACCGGGUGACGAAAUAGAUCAAUAUGUCUCUAGCUCAACUAAUUGACACAAAUUACGAGUUAUUAAUAAUCACAUUCUUUAUAAUAUAUUUUUAAGCAGCUCCCAAAUAUUUGAGAAUUUUCUAGCGUUACUUAGACAAAUUAUGAUUUUUGUGUUUUCAAAAAAUUAAACUCGAAAUUUGUGUCCUAUUCCGAGGCUUUUGUUACUUAGUUUUAGUAACAGUUGGCCUUUUACGGGAUGGGGUCGUUAGCUCCAGUCCAACCAAGGAGAGCCCAGCCGGGUGGAAGAGAUCAAGAGUGCGAUACUAAGAUGGUUUGGUCACGUCGAACGGAUGCCAGAGGAUUGAGGAUUCAAACUUGAAUACCAGCAAAAGCCGGAAGGACACUACCAGGAUGACCACGCAUAAGAUGGCAGGAUGAAGUAGAAUAGAACCUGAAAGAAUUAGGGGUCCGAAACUAGAGAAGAAAAGUACAACAUCCAGAAAAAUGGAAGACUGUUAUCCGGGAGGUUAAGGUUCUUCAAGGACUGUAGCGCCAAUUGGUGAAUAAGUAUUUUUUUAAGUAGUAUUUUAUAAGUAUUCUAAUAAUUUUCAAAAUAAUUGAUAACUGAAAUUGUUUGAUAAAGGAUGGUAUUCCAUAAGAAAAAAAAGUGAUGGGAUUCAUUUUAUAACCGAAAGUCGUUGGAAAAUAAAAAAAGUUCUCGUGAACAAAUUUUCUAGAAAGUGUUACCAACAGUUAGCGCUAAAUAUAUCGACUCAACUCAUUACGUUACACCUUGUACGUUUCUGAACGUUAAAUUUAUAAAGUUUAAUUGUAAAUAAGUUAAUGAGCAAAAAUAAAAUUAUGGUUCACUUCAACACCAUAUCAUUCAAUGUAGUGUAAUAUACCAUUGUUAGAUAACAAACAAUGCAAAGUGUUUUUUAUUAUCAAUAAUGAUAAACAGUAUGAAGUAUAUUUAAAAGCCGUUGCUGUGUGCGUAUAGAGUAUAUUACAUUAAUUUGCCAUUAAUCGAAAAAAUGGGCGAAGUGAUUCUUACCGAAGAUACCUUUGGAAAAGUAACUGAUGGGAAAGGUAAAAACAGAACAGUGAGAAGAUUCACGUGGCAAAAUAAGAACAAAUUCAGUGUACAAGUCAUUGAUUAUGGAGGUUACAUAACAUCAAUCAAAGUACCGGAUAAGGACGGUAAUAUUAAAGAUAUCACUAUUGGAUUUGACACUGUUGAAAAGUAUUUACAGCCAUAUAAUAGAUACUUUGGAGCGACUAUCGGUAGAGUUGCCAAUAGAAUUAGAAAAGCCAAAAUGAUUGUAGAGGGAGUAACGUAUAACCUAGCAAACAAUAAUGGACCUCAUCAUUUACAUGGUGGUAAAAUAGGAUUUGAUAAAGUUUUUUGGGAAGCGUGUAUUCAAGGUACGCGACUAAUCCUCAGUUAUCAUUCAGCGGACAUGGAAGAAAAUUAUCCUGGAGAUUUGAUAGCGAAUGUAAUUUUCGAAUUAACCAAAGACAAUGAAUUCCGUAUAGAUUAUAAAGCUGUAACUACGAAACCUUGUCCGGUUAAUUUCACAAACCAUUCGUAUUUCAAUUUAGCAGGAAAUGGAGCAGGUGCUCAAGAAUUGUACAAACAUAACGUCUGUAUAAACGCAGAUAAGAUAACAGAAGUUGAUGGCGGCAUUCCAACGGGUAAUCUUCUUCCAGUACAAAAUACCGUAUUUGAUUUGAGAGUUCCUAAGGAACUAGGUCAAAUAAUUAACAAAGUACCUAAUUCACCUGGUUUCGAUAAUAAUUUCUGUAUCACAAAGGGAAUAGAACAAGGAAACACUUUUGUUGCGAGUGUCUACCAUCCAACGAGCGGUAGAUUAAUGGAGGUGUACAGUAACCAACCUGGAGUUCAGUUCUACACGAGUAACUUCCUACCUGAAGAUGAUACUGUGAUGGGUAAAGACGGAUAUAUAAAGAAACAUGGAGGUUUUUGUCUAGAAACACAGAAAUAUCCUGAUUCUGUUAAUAAUGAGAACUUUCCGAAUACGAUUGUUUACCCAGGAGAACAGUAUCACCAUUCUGUUGUCUUUAAGUUUUCAUUGAAAUAAUAAACAACAGUUAUUGUAGUCUUCAUCAUUAGAUAUUAAAACUAUUUAGAACGAUAUAAAA